AUGGCUAAAAAUCUUUCCAAUGAAAACUUUGAGUUGAUAAUUUCCAAAACUUUGGAUAGAACUAAUGAAAAUUUCAUUAAAUGCCUCGAUAGAAUUCUAGAAAAAUCAAAUGAGAAUUUGGAAAAGGUCAUUACCCUUUCAAAUAGAAACCUAGAAAAAUUACUGGUAAAAUCCGACUCAAAUUUAACUAAAAUAAUUGAAUUGUCUAACGAAAACACUGUCAAUUCCGAGACCCUGAUGAGUAAACUGUUUGAAACAACAGUCUUAAGAAUGGAAGCUCUUAGUAACAGCUUUGAGCGUGCAGUCAAGGGCAU